GCAAAGAAAAGGGGAAAAGGAAACUCUGCUGCCGCCAUUUCACGUGAAAAGCAGCGCGGUCGGAUCACUACCCAGUGGUUACAUUUUCAGAACUCUGAUUAAUUUGGCGGAAUUUCACAGUAUAGCAACUUUUAAAGUCAAACCUAACGGUUUGCAGUACAGGGGGCUCACGGUUUCAGCCUUAGAAGUCUCGCUCCGUUGCUUGGAGACGACCAAGAAAAAAGAUGAGCUACGGAAGGCCGCCGCCAGACGUCGAGGGGAUGACCUCCCUGAAAGUGGACAACCUGACUUACAGAACUUCGCCCGAGACACUCCGUCGAGUUUUUGAGAAGUACGGUAGGGUAGGGGACGUCUAUAUUCCCCGGGACCGGUACACCAAGGAGAGCCGCGGCUUUGCCUUUGUACGUUUCCUCGACAAGCGCGACGCCGAAGACGCAAUGGACGCCAUGGACGGCGCGCUGCUGGAUGGGCGCGAGCUGCGGGUUCAGAUGGCGCGCUACGGACGGCCGCCAGACUCCAUGUACAGCCGGAGAGGGGCUCCACCACGCAGAUACGGGGGCUACGGACGCAGAAGCAGGAGUCGCUCAGGAAGUCCCCGCCGUCGCAGACGUAGCCGCAGCCGCUCCAGGAGCAGGAGCCGUUCCAGGUCCAGGAGCCGCAACCGCUACAGCCGUUCCAGAUCCCGUUCUUACUCCAGGUCCAAAUCAAGGUCCAGGUCGAAGUCCAAGUCCAAAUCCAAGUCAAAGUCCAGAACGCCCCGACGGAGCAAGACAAAGUCUCCUUCCAGAUCCCGGUCCCGCUCCAGGUCCAAAUCCCGCUCCAGGUCCAAGUCCAGGAGUCGAACCCCAGCUUCCAACAGGGGGUCAAAGUCCCGAUCCAGGUCUAAGUCCAAGAGUGGACCAAAAUCACCAGGAAACAACGAAGCAGAGCCCUAACCCAAAUGUGGAGGAGAUAUCACGCUGCUGAGUCCUGUUUGCAAAGAGAGGAGGAGAUGGGGGUGUUGCAGUAUGAGAGCAGUUAGUGUGUGACCCGCCCAUGUGACCUGCCUGUUGCUGAGAGCCAUGGCAGUUGCUAAGGAGCAGGUCACCGAGGCAACGGUGGUUGCUAUGAAGCAGGUCGUCAUGGCGGUGGUUCGGGCUGUCAGUUGGUGUGUGAGGUGGUGUGCUGAGGUACGUUCUCGCGGGGCACACGGGGCAGAUGCUCUGGGCAGGUUUACCCGCCUGUGGUUUCCUCCUCCGCCUCACAGAAAGGGAGCCGACCCCGAGGUUUGUCUUUCCCCCCAAUAUGCCCGGGUUUAAAAACUUGUUAGAGCUAGCGUGAGAAGAUUUGGGCCAGGACAAUGUAAGAUAAAGGAAGUGAGUUAUUGAGUUUAAUGUCUAGCUCAAGUUUUCUUACCAGGAUUGUCAGGACAGAAUUCAUGCAAGUAUUUAAAUAUUCAGAUCAGUUGCAGGAAUUGAUACCAGCUUCUGUUUUUGCUCUUGGUGACUUAAGUUUUGUUUUUCCUUCCAGAUCUCAGUUGCAUUGAGCCUUUUGAGGACAUCCGGAACAACCUCACUUUGAGCAAGAAGACUCUACUGUUACCACUGAGUGCAGACUGAAAAGGUUAAUUGGAUCUUGAUCUAAAAUGUUUUAAAUGUUUAAAUUUGUAAUCUGCCAAAAACCUUCUGUAAAUUUGACAUAAUUUAUAAAGCUGAGUAUAUUGAAAGGGAAUUGCGAGGUAAAUUUCAAUGUACCUUUUUGGGGGGGAGGGGGGAUUUUUCAUUAAAUUUCUAAGUAAUUUCUUUGAAUCAAAAUGUAAAUCUCAGCAGGCUCCAUCUACUUUUUUUAAAAAAGAAAUUAAUUUGCAAGGCUGAAAUAGAAAAUGGUGUCUGACUUUUUGUUUGCAGUAUUUACAGCUGUAUUGCCACUGGGGGGGAAAUGGCUUAGUGUACAGUAGCAUAAAAGCCUCCUAAAAUUGUGUUUUUGCUUAUUCCAGCAACAUAUGUUCUGCUUUUUCUGUCUAGUUCAAGUUGCUUCCCUAUGAUUCUAACCCUCUUUCUUGUGUAUCUUUUGUGCACUAGGCGCAGUUGUGUAGCAGUUGAGUAAUGCUGGUUAGCUGUU